ACCAGACACCCCAAACCCGUCGCCGAGAUGAUGGCCCAAGGAGGAAGACGACCCUGGCAGUCGCACAUCGACAUGUACCGCAAGAUCCCGACCGACCUGAUGGAGGGAACGGGCCGCGGGUCGAUUCUCUCGUACCUCUCGCUGCUCCUGAUGGCCGUCCUGUUUCUGUGGGAGAGCAAGGCCUAUUUCACCUCCUCCACGGUGACGGACCUGGCGCUCGACAAGUCGGACGACCGCUUCCUGCGGUUGAACUUCAACAUCACCAUGACGGAUCUCAAGUGCGACUGGGCGGUCAUCGACGUCGUCAGCGUCCUGGGCACCGACCAGAACGUCACGGCCCACCUCACCAAGUGGAACCUCGACGGGGAGGGCGUCCGGAAGGGAUACAAGGGGCGCAACCGAAACCAGAAGGACAUCGAGAUGUUCGACUCCUCGAUCGAGGACACGCUGGAGGAUCUCCACGAGGACGGAGUGGACGCCAUUCCGAUGGACGAGGCCACCCUAGAGCACUACAAGAGGAACCACGACUACGUCUUUGUCGACUUUUUCGCCAGCUGGUGCUCCCACUGCCAGGCCCUGGCGCCGACCUGGGAGGUCCUGGCGGAGAUCAUGGCCGACGCCAGCGCCAACGCGGUGGAGGACAAGCACGACACGGAGCACGAGCACUUUAGCGACGAGGAGUACGAGCACGCCCUCAAGGUCAACCUGCCGGUGGUCAUCGGCAAGGUCGAUUGCGUCGUCCACAAGACGCUCUGCAACCAGAAGGAGAACAUCCGGGCCUACCCCACCCUCAGGCUCUUUGUCGACGGAAAGCAGUGGGAGUCGGGUUCGGACUACAACGGACACCGGACCAUCAUGGAAAUGGUCGAUUGGCUCAAGUUCAUGGAAGACGAGCACAAGUCCCGCAUGGAGAACAACGGAGCCGUCGGAGAAGCCACCCGGAAGCUGCACGCGGCCCACGACAGUAAGUGAAGCAAAACGAAGCAAAGACAUGCGAUGCAAUGCGAUGCAGAGCAGAAAUAAGCAGAGCCGGUCUAGCUACCGCAGCAGCUCGCGGCAGGAAUCGCUGCGGGCUUUGGGUCGGUGUGCCGCGAAUCGCAUCGGGUCUCACGCGUUUGUCUUUUUGUUCGUUUUUUGUUUGUCGAUUGGUUGCCAACGCUCCUCCGCUUGUCUGGCUUUUGGUAUUUCUCCGCUCCGCAACGACAGGUGCGAAGGAAUACAUGGAAAUCGAAGACUACGACAACCUCCACGGCUCGGGAAACAAUCAGAAACGGACCUACUACGAGUGGAAGGAAAGCGAGCACCCCGGCUGCCAGCUCGCCGGCCACCUCCUGCUCGAUCGGGUCCCGGGGAAUUUCCACAUCCUAGCCCGGUCCAAGCACCACGACCUGGCGCCCCACCUGACCAACGUGAGCCACCAGGUCCACUCGCUGACCAUUGGGGAUCCCCACUCGGCAAAGGUGGUUGCGGACAUGGCGGGCACCAACGGCAUCCCGUCCGACGUUUCGUCGAAGAUCGCCCCCAUGGACGGCAACGUGUACACGACGCACAACCUCCACGAAUCCUACCACCACUACCUCAAGGUGGUCUCCACCCGCAUCCCGGACAAGAAGGUCCACGCCAACCGAAACAACGGGGCGAAUGCCUACCAGAUCAUCCCCUCCUCCCAGCUCGCCUACUACCAAAAAGACAUGGUCCCGGAGGCAAAGUUCGUCUACGACCUCUCCCCCAUCAGCGUCACCUACCGGGCGUCUUCCAGGCGGUGGUACGAGUACGUGACCUCGCUCUUUGCCAUCAUCGGGGGGGUCUUUACGAUCAUCGGCAUGGUCGAAUCGACCAUCCACGCGACGGUCUCCAAGGCCAAGCGGCGCAGUACCGCGAGCAACUACCCGCCGCAGCGCGCCGAUCCCAAUCGGUAUUGAGGUGUUGCAUUGGAGCGCGGAAGCACAAGAGCAGAACCGUAGAACCAAUAACAAUGCGACCGCCGCAAUGCCAAAAUAGGUCACGCAGUGCAAAGAAUUUUUGUCAUUCGAAUAGUACAUACUAAUAACAAUAGGAGUGUCAU